UUAAGAAACAUUUUAUACGCACAAGUCAACGUCCUGGGCAAAUAACGAGUUAAGGUGUUUUUCUUCAAACGUUUUGAAGAUUCGAACAGGGCGCUUAAGGUUGCGACGCCGUGAGAAUUAAAUGAACUCUCGACGAAUCGUUAAAUGAACUUUUCGAAACGAAUAGUUUUCGUUCGGCAGGCGCCAUCUUGUGACUACGAUGAGAAGAACAAGCUCCCUUCGAUGAAACCUGUCAUCCAGGUAUAUUCUACUCACCCAACACCGUCAGCCUGGUUCCUUUUCCAAAGUAAGCUUCGUCGUAGCUGUCACAGUGACCAAACACCGAGCAGCAAACUCUCGAGCCCCUGGAUCCUGGCUCACCUUGGCUGGAGCGUUGACAUUCCCUGUGUGGUAGCCGAUCUGCAGGGAGCCGAGCACGGCCGCCAGGAUGGAGAUCAGGAGCGUGGCGGUCAGAUGGCUCUGGAAGGUCACAGGAGCUGGCGUCGACCACAGCUACCAAGGCACAUGUUCAGUCUCAACAUGAGGGAAUUUGUCAAGAAUCGGUGGUGGGGUCUUCAUCGCGUCGCCCACUUUGGCCACUACGGCCAGGCUGCCGGAGCGGCAGCAGCAGGCGGAGACUCGGAGGCAGGAGCUGCGGAGGAAGGAGCAGGUGGAGAGAGAACGCGGACUCGCUGGAUGCGUUUCACCGACGCGGACGCCGAAGAAACCGAACCGUCGCGACGUUUCUGCUCGGCUUUUAUUCAGUGUGCGGGGACUGUGAGUCUCAUCUGCGGGGAGAGGCGCCAUCUGUGCGUGUCAGUCCGGAUGCUGCGGCGACGUGGUGCUCCGUGUCCGGGUGGACGGCCGCAGCCUUCCCCCUGAUGUUCGAUAGCAUGCGAGCGACACGGAGGCUCUUCGCCGGGGAACAAAGCACCAGCUCUGGAUACGAUCUGCAAACUGGCAGCCAACUAUGGUGGACCCUUCAGAAGCAGAGGAGGUCAGUAAGUGUAAAGGCCAGCAGCCACCAGCGUCAACAGUGGCCGCCGAUGACCCUCGAGUCUUCCAGCAGGCAGAGGGCGCCACAACAGAGGAGGAUGGCGACGCCAAUUUUGAGACGCCACCGACUGGCAGCACAGAGACAAGCCCCUUUCACUCUGUCACCUUGUCCGAACCAGAGGUCUCCACACCGCCGCCGCCGCCGCCGCCGCCUGCACAGACGGACAAGGAUCCCAAGUUGCACCUGGACCUGUACAACUUCGACUCACCAGCUGCCGAGGGAAGCCGCUACGUGCUGACCAGCCCUCGCUCCCUGGAGGCGUGCGCCCGCUGUGGGGUCAAGCCUGUGGAGCUGCUGCCUCGCCUUUUAUCUGAUUUCGCCCGGGAAGCUCCGGGGCGCUCCAUGCGUGUCGCGACGGGGCUGUUUGAAGUCUACGAGAAGGACAGACACGCCAAGCUGCGGCAGUGCAGGGAAGAGCGAGAGAGGAUAGUGAGGGAAGAAAAAAGACGGGUCUUGCAAGCGACGGUCAACAGCAGCGCAAAUGCAUCGUCGGCACUAACUGAGCCAAAGCACAAAGAUUCCACUGAGUCCGGGUCGGACUUAUCGGCCCCCAAAUCUAAAUCCAAAACCUCAGAGAUCAGCACGUCGAACUGUAGUGACUCUGCAAAGUUAGGCUCCAAUGGCUCCAUUCCGUCGACCCAUCUUUCUCGGCAAGGAUCCACCAAGCGCUCCUCGUCUGAUCCCACCAAAAGGUGGUCCGGUCCGCCACCCGUGACUAGGAAGUCUUCAGGCGGUAAAUCCUGCAACACCUUUCCUCGACCAACGGCGAAGCCCCCUGCGUUCCCCAGAGCUAAUUCCACCUUGUCACCAGGGUCAAAGCCUCCCCCUCAGAAUGGGGCCUCCGUCAACGGUGGUGCCGCUGUCCCUCAGCAAAACGGACACCACGGGUUCCACCCAAAGGCCCGUGGGAAAAGUCACUCAAUGGAGUCACUGCAGAGAAGGCGGGAUCAUGUUUACUCCUCCACCUCGAACACUGCUACGACGACCACAUGCACCUCAUCGGAGUCGGGGGCCUCAUCGUCCUACAGCUGGGACGGAGCGCGGGAUCACUGGGCCAAAGUCUCCAGUCCUCGCGCUCGCACUUUAGCCACCUUUAACUCGCUGAUGGGUCGCAGCCUGAGUCUGGGAGACUUGAGCCACUCUCCCCAGACCACGCAGAAGGUGGAGCGCAUCGUGAAGGAAGUGAAACGCCGAGGUUUGAAUGCCGUCUCGGAGCGAGACCGCAAGAUCGCAGCUUUGAUGCUGGCCAGGUACCAGGAGGAAGACAUCAUGAGUCAAACCCGCUACGUGGCCCACCUGCAGUGGGACAGCGAGCGGAGGAUGGACGAGCUGAGGCGGGAGCAGGAAGACCGGGAGAAGCAGCGAGUGGUGCUGGAGUGCCAGCGAGUUUGGCAGACUCAGGUGUCAAUACGGCAGAGGAGGCUCAGCCAGCAAGAGAGAGAGUCGGCGGCGGCCAAGCUGAGGCAGGCUGAGGAGAAUGAGGAGCGCUGGAAGGAGCUGGCGGAGCAGCAGGAGCGCACCCGGCUGCUGAAGCUACAGCAGGCUGCUCGGGAGGAGAAGCACAAGAAAGCCCUCCAGGAACAGAACCUCAAGUCUCUGGAAGAGGAGCGGGCGGCCAUGUUGGAACAGGAAAGGUUGCUGCUGAAUGAGAAGCUCACCAUGGCCGAGCUGAAGAGGCAGGAGAAGGAGCACCAGGCUCAAGAGGAGAGACGCGGUCUGAAUAAGGCAGAGAAGAGAAGACACGUCGCCCUGAUUCAGGAGAUCGCCCGUCGAGAGCAGGAGGAACGAGAAGAGGCCCGGCGGCUGGCGGAGGAGAAGCUGAACCGCUCGCUGGAGAACUACGAGCAGAUAGUGGAGCGUCGCGGCCAGGAGCUGAAGGAGAAGGCCAAGCGUGAGGAGAAGCAGAUCCAAAAGGCCCGCAAGGCUGCGGAGAAACGCGAGCGCCAGCUGCAGCAGCAGAUGGAAGCUCGCAUGAAGGAGGCGGAGAAACGCGCCCAGCAGGCGGCCCUAGUGGCCGAGGUGCGAGCCAAGGAGAAAGCUCAGCGGGCCGUCCAGAGCCGCCAGGAGAAGGAGCGGCUCCAGAAGCUCAACAGGCAACGGGUGAUCGAGGAGGAGAAGCAGAGGAGGCAGGAGCUGCUGCAGUCCAUCGAGAAGAAGCUGGAGAAGAGCGAGCAGAUCUUCAAGGAGAAGCGGGCGGUGCUGGAAAGCGCCCGCUCCGUGGCGCGAGCAUCUUUCCACGUCCGAGACCGAGUGCGAGAGGAGACCAACAUGCGCACGUUUGAUAAGAUGGCGUUGGAGGCUCAGCUCAAAGCCAGCCUGGAUGAGAAGUAAACCCCGAGGAGGCCUCUGAUCUUCUCUCAAGUUUUGCCUUCGUAAAGUCAAUCAACGCAGCUUUACCCAUUUUCUCAUUAGUAUCGCCCAAAACCUUUGGCCCUUACAUAUCGGUUUUUACUCUGUAUCAUAUCAAAGCAGACGUUUCUUUUUGUACCAUCGCUCUGAGAGGACCUCAGUGGUUCAAGUAGUCCCACAGUGACAAACACCCUCCCUCCCUCGGAAACUCGACCCUUCCCUCCUCUGCCAUGUCUGAGCUUCAGGACUGAAAGCUGGAAAGUGGGCUGGGAUGAAAGGAGUCAUUGUCCGCCAGGAAGCACAACCACCCAGGCUUUCAACCUUCUUCCGCUGUAAGGGAUGGAAGCAAAGAAAACCUGGGAACAUCUGUGAUUCUGACGGAAAUAGCAUGAGAGCCGAGCCUCGGGCCGGACACGUGUCUUGCUGUCAGGUCGGCGCAGGACGGCGGGUCCUGCCGGAGGAGGUCAUGACCUCCAGCUCCCAGCUUCUGUCCACUUCCUGUCCAGCGAGAAGCCAGAAAAGGUCCUGGAGUUGAUCCAAUUUUCCCCUUCUGUUUUCUUCUUCUGGAACAACAUUUAGAUGGGCUCUAACUCAAACACACUCUGAAGCUUGAACUCUUUCCUUCUCAAGUUAGAUCUGAACCUGCAGGCCUUUUAACCACCGAGAAAUGUAGACGGUUCGACCGCAGCUUUAUCAGCACGUCCAGUCCAUCAAGUGUUCCUGACCACCGUCCUUGACCUCGACACGUGGGCUUCUUUUCUAUGCUUUUCUACAUUGUCACCUGAGCAUGCAUGUGCGUGAGAAGAUCUUUAGUUUUCCUGUCGGACGGAGUGAAAACCAUGCAAAAACUCUUUUGUUGUUUUCAUCUUAAAAAUGCAAAGGUGUGUUUGAGAAGGAGAAUAAAAGUUUUUCAAGCUGGAGUUCACUUUUCUGGAGUCAUACAGUUGCCAACAACCGGUGGAGAAAAGCAUGAAAGCCACAACUAGUCAAAGGGUUUUUUAACUUAAUUUAAUGUAAUUCUCAACAACAAAAAAGUGGACACCUGACGCAUCCAUUCAGAAAACACUGCUUACUAGAAGUUUGGUGAAGGUGUUAUUGGGCUGCCAGGGGUCACUAAGAGGUCAGCUAAAGGAGCGCUCCAUUAGAAGGUGGGAUCAUCGGUCAUGGUGGAGUCUUUGCGCGUCAUGAUCUUGUACACGCUCUCUCUGAAGUUGCUGUCGGAUGUCAGCCGUCGCGCUGUCUCUCUCAGCUCGUCCAUGUUUCCCGCAUCAGGAUUGGCCACAGCGAAGGACUUGGAGUGUUUCACUGCCAAGGUAGAUGUUUACUGAGACUUCCUUUAAGAAGACUGUGAAGAAUCUUUGGCUCUGUGAAUCUUACACCAGUGGUGUCUGGAGGCUCUCCUCUGGAUCCUGCAGCUCUUGAUCCUCCGGGCAGCAGCUUUGUGAAGAUAGACGGCGUUCUUCAUGAUGGCGGGGAGUUUGGCCUCGAUCUCAGCUGCGCAGAUACACUCCUCGAAGAAUCCUGCCGCCACACGGGAAGGUCAUGAACACAGUGAAACUGCUCUGAACUGAAGCAGGGCCUGCUCACUCCUCAGCUGGGUCACGUCCCCCUUCAUCCUCUCGUCUCUCUCCCUGGUCCUCUCCAGAGAGUUGAGCCCUUUCUCCAAGUCCUGCAGAGCCUCCUCGGCCUGCUUCAGGCGCUUCUCCAGCUCCACGCGACACUCAAUCUCUGCCUGCGGAUGAGAAGCGCACUUAUAGUAGGAGUGCAAGG